AAUAAAUCCGUCAUUUGCAGCAAGUGUCUCACAAGAUCUGAAAGGGGAAAACCCGAAGACAACAAGAAGGGAAAGACGAGGGAGAGUGAGUGUGUUUUUAUUCAACAGUGGUUUUCCCCUUGACUUUAAAAAGUUGCCAUGUGAUCCUCCAGGCGAACUCAGCCAGAAUGUCAGCCGGCAUUUGCGCGCUGUUGCCCGGUAGGCAACACCCCUUUUCCUCGGUGUCUUCCAACUGAACCGGAACACGUCGACCUGGUUUUUCCUCCAGUUAUAAAUUCAGUUUCCAGGGGAGUUUCCACAGGGAGGAAACAUGCGAUCUUUAGCCGGACUUGGUGCCCUUGUGGCGGCUGCGAGUUUCUUCCUCUACCUGCUGUCCACUCAUCUCCCCCCGGGUACCAAGCACCUCCAGCCGGCCUCUGAUGGUGAGGACGAGACGGUCGAGGAGUACAGUCUGAAGUUCCCGUCGGACCUGGACUCUCUGCGGGAGCUCGCCGAGAUGCUGAAGCUCUACAAACGAGAACAUCACAGCUACGUCCUCCUGCUGUUCUGCAGCGCCUACCUCUACAAGCAGUCCUUCGCUAUACCCGGCUCCUCCUUUCUGAACAUGUUAGCCGGAGCGAUCUUCGGGCCCUGGGAGGGUCUGGUGCUGGCCUGCCUGCUGACCACUGUGGGCUCCACCUUCUGCUUCCUGCUCUCCUCCACGUUUGGGAAGCAGCAUGUUGUUUACUUCUUCCCCGACAAGGUGGCCCUGCUGCAGAGGAAGGUGGAGGAGAAUCGUAGCAGUUUGUUCUUCUUCCUCCUCUUCCUCCGUUUCUUCCCCAUGACUCCUAACUGGUUCCUUAACAUCACCUGUCCCGUACUCAACAUCCCUAUGCCCAUUUUCUUCUUCUCUGUGUUAAUAGGUCUGAUCCCCUACAACUUCAUCUGUGUUCGAACGGGCUCCAUCCUGUCGGAGAUCUCCUCCCUGGAUGAUAUCUUCUCCUGGGCGACGCUGGCUCAGCUUUUAGCCAUCGCCCUCAUGGCUCUGCUGCCCGGAGCGCUGAUCAAAAAGUACGGAAAAGCUCACCUCAGUGUGGACGGCAUGGACAGCGACAGCCAGGAUCAGAUCAGGAAGGACCAGAAGAAACGAUGAGGAUUCUGGGAUGGAGGAGGAUACGUCGGUGUGGAGGAUUUUUUCUGUGAAGGAGCAGUGAACUGGAGGAGACUGGAAACAGAUGUCUUAUGAUACUGAAGCUUGAUAAAGGAGGAUUGACUGACAAGGCAACCAGAGAUGUGUCAACGCUGUCACCAAGCCUUUCUCUUCAUGCAUUCAUCCUGUGCAGGGUCUGCAAGGCAAGGCAGAUUUAUUUAUAUAACAUGAGGCAUUUCAAAGUGCUUUACCAAAAAAACAAAAGGGGACAGAAAGCAGACGUGGUUGGUUUGUAUCCAGCAGAACUUCAGACAUGUGUUGAGACCCUUAAACCAUUCAGUGCUUUAUAAACCAGCAGUGGUAUUUUGCAGUUGUUGGCAGACAGUAAGGCGGUGUAAAGACCUCAAGAUGUGAUCCACUUUCUUGGUAUCAAUGAGGACUCGAGAGUAAGUUUCCUUAUCUAAUUUAUCUCCUAAAAUCUCAGUCAAAACUCUUUCCAUCUCCUUUACCUCGAACACCAGAGAGCACAGUCUUAACUCUUAUCAGGUUUGGGCUGACAGCUCUUAAAAGUAUACGACUACAUUUUGCAGAGCUGUGCAUAAAGUGUAAGGUUUGAAUACAUUUGCAUAUACCAGACUUAAGAGUGACUCGUGAUUCGACUCUGACUCUUACUUGGAAUUGAACUUGGACUCACACAUCGACGAUCAGUCUCAAGUAAGUUUUGUCUCGAGUCCGGAUGUACUAUGCCCCAUGCGUGUGCAUCUGUGAGGCGAGUUCCCGUACCGAGCACCCCCGCUAUUCUCAGUCUAAAGAUGAGGGUGACUCGGACUCAAGCACAGGUAAUGAUGACUCAGACUCGACUCGGACUCUUCCUAGGUGACUCAGACUUGGCCUCGGACUCGAGAAUUGGUGACUUGAGUACAACACUGACAUAAACCAAAAGAAAAAGCUCAGAAAUAACUUGAAAGUCAGAUUUAGGAUUACCAAACACAACAUCCUGUCAGAAUAAUUGAGAUGUAAAACUAAACUCCCCACUGGUGUGACCUUUAGUCCGCCCCAGCCUCUGUAAGGUGACACCAAAGGCUCGUCAUGCUUAUAGCGUGAUCUGUUCUGAAUGUUCGGAAAACGUCACGAUGCACCAGGUCUAGUUUCCUAAAGGUCUAUCGAGGCCAACACAUAGAGCUAAAGACUUGGAGGUCUUCUAAAUAGACCAUACAACUCUUUAACUUUACAAUAAACCAGGUGUUAAAAGUUGGGUUUUUUAGAAGUGCCUUAAUUGGUCACAUCCCAUAAAAAACACUGUAAUGACGAUGGCUGCCACGGUCAUACAGCAGCUUUAAAAUAAACUCACUGUGAAUGUAUUGGUAUGAGAACAGCUUUAAAAGACACUUUUUGGGGGCAUUUACAAACCUUUCUAUUUGGUUUUCAGUUAAUCAGCCAAUGUAUUUAUAGACUUAUAAUGUGAACAUCUAAGAACUGUUUUAUGGUGCUUUUUUAAACUUGUUUACAUGGAUUUUACUCUAGGAUUCUGUGAAGAGUGAAGUUGUUUAGCCAGUGGAAGUUAGCAACCACUGAGGUCCUUUAAUAUGUAAAUAUAGAGCCUUUAAUAUGUAGUGAUGCACCUUUAUAUAUGAUGCAAUCAGUGUGACUGAUUUACUAAAAUGGUACUAUUUAUUUAUUAUUAAAUCAGAGUUGAUAUAGAAUUGUAACUUGUCAAGCAUAAAGAAAAGCUUACUUCAGUGCACAAGGGACAAUCUGCAACCAUAUUUUACAGACCUUUUCUAUCUUUUGUAAACUAACUCCCGUAUUGUGAGGGUCAGGAUGUAUCCAUCAGUUACUGCUUUGUUUUUGCUCUGUGAGCUUGAUGGCUCCACUUUUAAAGGAUUUUGAAUGUCAAAAAGUCCCAAAUAAAAAACGUUUGAGAGGUUCUUUCCACCUUGGACCUCGCUGUUGGAUUAAGUUUGAAAAAGGAUCUGUGUACAGACGGUCUCCGAGAGAUUUGGUUGACCAAGAGAAAAGAACAUCUGCUCAGGAGGGACACAAUCUUUACAAAAACGACAAAUAAAACCAGCCUUUUGUGCAUAAUGCAGAGGUUUUCCUGUUUAAUGUAAUAUACAUCUUUUCUUCAGCUGCCCUUUUUACAUUUCAGUCAGCAUCAAUAAGUCGAGACGAACGGGAACGUGAUUUUUGAUGCAGACGGUUUUAUUUGUGACUCUCGGUCACACAGUGGUUCACCCUGAUUGACUUUACAGCAACACAUUAAAACAUCCACAGGUACACAAAGCAACGACACACUGUCACACCUCAUGGUAACAUCUCUCUUUCUGACACGCAUGCACACACACACACACACACACACAUACACACACACUUGCACACUGGUAUAAGCAGGCACUCAGUAAAACAACAACCUGACGUGAAAGUGAAAUAUGGAGUCAGUUUGCAGAAACACACAGAUGGACGUACAUGCACAUCGUUUCUGAUGUGGUUUUGAUAAAGGAAAGCAGAAAUGUAUUUAUUUUGGACAUUUUACUUCAUGUGAAAGGGUUGUGGGAUGAAAUAAAGUACAUUUACUCAAGUAUUGUACAAUUUUGACAUAUUUGUACUUGAGUAUGUUCAUUUUAUUCUACUUUUUGGAAGCCAGUAUUGUACUUUUUACUCCACCUUUACCAGCUGUGCAAACAUUAAUGCAUCAAUGAUCAUAAUCCAGUCAUUUAAUAUGGAUUCCGAGUACUUUUGCUUUUAGCAUUUGAAGUAUAUUUUGAUGCCAAAACUUUUAUUAAGUUAGGGAAUUUUAGUCUUUUUUGUGUUUCUUACAGGUAGAAAUUACAACAGCAUAAUUCUUCCCUCUCUCCUGGAAUGAUUCCAAUGAGUGGUCGUUCUCUCUCUGCUCAGGUGCAUGUAUCACCAUCCAUCCCUCUUCUGCAACACACUGCACAUUUCCCAGUAGCAUCACAAAUCAGCAGCACCUUAACAGGCAAACAGGAGUGUAGUGUAGAGCCGAACCAUCUGUAAACAGCUCAGUGAAGGUAAGGAUACUUCACUCAUAAUGUUUGCGUACAACAGCUACGCCGGCCGACAGGUGCACGCACUACAGCAGCCUUACACACUUCCAUUAGGAGAAAGAAGCUUUAAUCGCCCCCUGGUUUCUGUUGUUUUCAUCUUCU